AUGUUUGAUGCCUCCUACAACUCACGGAUAGUAGGUUGUACAGGAGUUCAGAAUGAUUAUCCGCAUGCUGGCUGUGGAGCACCUGUGAAUGAUGAGGCUAAUGAAGACUGCCUUCAGGAGCUGGAGCGUAUCAACAAAGAGAUUGAAACUGUAAGACACGAGGUGGAGCAGGAGCAAAGGCGAUUGUCACGCUACCAGACUGUACAGGCAGACAGCAGAAAUACUGUGCCUGAUUUACCUGUUUCCAAAUCUGAGGCUGCAGGUAAAAACGUAGACACAGGUUUGUGUGGACUGUCAUCAUACACAGACUUUACUAAAACAUACUCCCGACCAAGGAAGUACGUAGUUGACAACUCAAAACCAAGGACUGAUUUGGAAUAUGACCCUCUGUCCAACUUUUCUGCUGACUUGCGGUCUUACAACUCAUCGGGUAAAGAGCAAAAAGUAAAAAAUGGACAGUGUUUGAAAAGAUCAAAAAACGCUGUACCUUGUGACCAAAAGAAGCCAGUCACAUAUCAGGCUCAGCUUUCCAGAUUGCCAUCCCCAGAGCCACUUGAUGACCUGAAUGAAGAUGAUGUCUUGAUUAUAGACAUUCCUUCCUCGCCUGACAAAAAGAGAAGGCGAGUUCACAAACCUGAUGAUUCUGUUGUUGGCAGAUCCCUCCAGGAUAAAGUAGUUGAAUUGAAGGAGGUGAAAACAGCAGCUGUUUUACUUAAUUCUCCACCACUGCGCCGCGCAAAUGUUAAGGUGUGCAAGGUUACAUCAACGGUAGAAGAAAAUAGAGUUUAUAGUAAUUGCUGUGCUGAAAACAAUCAAGGUCUGUUUAAUCUUGAGAACGAAGGAUGUGAAAAUAUACCAGUUAAUAGGAGUGUAGUUGACUUAACUGGAUGUUUAGAAGACCUGGGAAGAAAAAGCCAGAAAAUUACUGAAUUUGCUGAAACCGUAACGGAGAAAAGUCCUGAACCUGUUAGUCUGUCUGCCACCAAAGACCAGCAAGAUCAAAACUGGAACAACCUGGUGGUUGAAAAGGAAGAAGACACAUUUCAGGUUCAAUUGCCUAAGUGUCACCUGCCCCAUAGUGUUGAGAAAAUGAAUCCACUGCAGCCAUAUAAUUUUCCACCAAACAGUUCACUUUUUUAUGAAGAUCCAGCUGCUGACUCCGUCUCACCAUGCAGGCAACACACCAAACAAGCCCAGACAACAGAGCUACCAGCUCAGAACAGAGUUGGUAAUCAAUGGUCUUAUGCAACAUGUGCACCAUCAGUGCUGCCGCACAGCCAGAAAACAUCAAGCAAAAUUUCAAUAGAGAUGCAGGGAAAAGCUGCUGUUAACCACGUUUCACAUGAGAGCUACCUGGAGCCGGCAGAACCCAUCUCAGGCAGGAGCCAAAGUUGGGCUCCGCAUAGUUCAUCAGUACCAAGUUUGACAGACAAAACUGAAUCAUCAUCCACUUCAACUGAGCAACCUUUGGAGAAGGUGGAUAACACGGUUAUAAUCACUGAUUCCAGCUCUGAUGACGAUCAGCUCAACUAUUCAGAAAUUGAGCUGUCUGACAGUGACCCCAUGGAGGAAUGCUACAGGAUCUUUAUGAAGGCAAAUGAGGAUAAGGGAAGUGAUGAGCAGCCAGAUGUGUCUGUUGGAGCUGUGAAUGUGGAGAAACCGGAGCUUAACGUCCAACCCCAAACACUGCCAGGAAAGAAGAGGGUAGCUCAUGAAGCCAAACUUACAGAGCAGCCAGUGGCUAAGAGCAGACCUCAGCCACAAGUGUUGGUUCCCCUAGAGAGGCCUGUAGUGUCAGGAUUUGCCUCCCACCCCUCCAUCUCCAAUAUCCAGCAGGUACAGCAGAGAGCCUCCAUGCUGGCUGCUUCAGGUAAAGGUGGACAGGCUUUUAUUUCCUCAAGCUGUCAGAGGAGGCCAGAGACACAGGGUGCAUCUUCUCCUGUAGCUCAAACCCCUGACAACCUGCAGCCUGCUCCUGUGCAAAAUGCUUACAUUAACUGCAUACCUUUGGGAAAUGCUGUGAUCAAAGUGGGCAACAACUUGCACUUGAUUGUCCCAGAAGGCACCUUCUCUCUGCCUGUUACUUGCAGUUCCAGUUCAGUUACCUCAGUGCUAACCCCAAUCAGUCAAGUGCAGAUGAGGACUGUUGCUGUGAAACAAACAUACCAUUCAGCUACAGGUGCCCCUUUGCAAAGGUGCCGCACAGCAGCUCCUGUGCUCAUUCCCGCGCUGGCACGUAAACCUUCGCUGACCUCUGCCUUUGCGUUGGCACAUUCAAGUUCUGCGGCUUCCACGACUCCUCAGGCUGCUGUUCAUGCAGCUGUUAAGCCAGUGCCUACUAAACGUAAGUUGAAGCAGCAGUGUGAGGCCGCCAAAGACAAAGUGCCGCAUGACAUCCGGCAGCGUUAUGUCAACAUGUUCACGGAGGAGUUCCUAAAAACAGCAGCCAGUGCCAAUGAUGCCUUUGAUAAGGCACUUGCUGAAGAGAGGGCUGUGUAUAAUCGCAGUGUGAACAAACUCAGAUAUCAGAGCGUUGCAGUGAAUGCACUGAAGAGGCUGAAGAACCAAAGUGCUGUUGCUGCUAAAGGUAGAAGUGAAGUCAGCAGCCAAAGAUUCAAAGGCAACAUUCCACUUAACCAGAAGAAUUUUAAAGGAAAUGAUGAUAUGGCAUUUUAUGAGAGUUUGAAGGACUAUAUUUUGACUGAGGAAAAGCUGAUUGAGAGCAACUAUCCUGUCCAGCACCCAGAGAAACCUGGUUGUGCUGUUCUUUUUGCUGACAAUAAGAAAGGCAACCCAGAGGCCUUGAAGAGGAUCUGCUGUCGAUGUGGGGCUACAUACUUUGUGAGCCAAACAGGCAAACACAUCCGUCAGGAGGAGUGUAAUUACCACUAUGGGAAAGGUGUUAAGAGUAAAGUGCCAGGUGGAGUUGAGACCCGCUACAGCUGCUGUGAGGGAGUCAUGGGAGCACCUGGAUGUCAGGUGUUCAAGUUGCAUGUCCAUGACUCCCUCAGCCUGGAUGGAUUUGUCUCAACUGUCCCAAGAUCAGUCUCCGAUACCAGCUGUCCUGGGGUCUACUCUUUGGAUUGUGAAAUGUGUUAUACCAUUCAUGGUCUGGAGCUGUCCAGAGUGACGCUGGUCAACUCUAGUCUGCAAGUCAUUUAUGACACCUUCGUUAGACCUGAUAAUGAGGUCAUCGACUAUAACACCAGGUUUUCAGGCAUCAGUGAGGAAGACGUGAAGGGUAACCACACCACGCUCAGAGAGGUUCAGGAGACCUUACUGAGCUUCAUUAGUGCCGACACCAUUGUGAUUGGACACGGCCUGGAAACGGACCUCUGUGCCCUGAAGUUGCUUCAUGGGAUGGUGGUGGACACAUCAGUGGUUUUCCCUCACCGUCUUGGAGCUCCUCACAAGCUGACCCUCAAUAGCCUCACUGCUGAGUACCUCAGGAGGAUCAUUCAAGAGAGUGUUUGUGGCCAUGACACUGCAGAAGAUGCUGCCGCCUGCAUGGAGCUUAUGUUAUGGAAGGUCAAAGAAGAUGGAAAACUGAAAAAAUGAUGGAAAUAAAAUAAAAAGCAGUUAUGGAAUUGACUGUCACAUCUUUUUGUGUGUAGCUAUUUGGCUUUGUUCUGAUUACAUGGGUGGGCUGUAUAUAUAUUUUUUUUUAAUUACGUCACUUCUGGAUUUGUGUUAAUGUAGUUUUUUUUUCUGUAUAUUCAAUUUUAAUUUGCAGCCCAUGUGUCUGUAUGAAUAUUGGUGUUUGUGCUGUUGUGUGCUAAAAAACCUGAAGGGGAGAGGUGUCAUAAGUAUUAAGUAA